GUUUGUUUUUAAUUUUCGGGAAAGUAAAGAAAUCGUUAGGACUUAGAUCGGAACUAUAUGGAGGAUGGUCCAAUAAUUCCACGUUCUCUUCCGUUAAAUACUGCCUUGUUUUUGGGCUGUGUGCGAGCCUGCAUUGUCUUGGUGGAGGAUGAUUCUUCUUUCGGGGUUGAUUUUUCGAAGCUCGCUGAUGACUUUUGGCAAACAAAUGGUGGUAUACCGAUCCGCAGUAACAGUUCUUUGCUCAUUAAGAGGAACUGUUGCAAUAUGACCCGCUUUUGACACAAAUGUCGCGACCACCUUUUUCGAAACACUUUUCUUCACCUUGGAAGACCCAAACAGC